GCCGGGGCGUGCGCGGGGCCAUGGCGAGCGCGGCGCGGGGGCUGCGGGCGAUGCCGCGGCUGCUGCCGCUCCUCUGCGCGCUGCUGCUGCCGCCGCCCUCGCUGCAGAGCCCGGCCCGCUCCCCCCACAUCAAGAAAGCGGAGGCGGCGGCGGCGGCGCCCGGCGAGGCGCUGCGGUACCUGCACUCGGCCGAGCUGGGCGAGGCGCUGCGGGCGCUGGAGGCCACGGCCCCGCCGGGCCUGGUGCGGCUCUUCAGCAUCGGGCAGUCGGUGGAGAAGCGGCCGCUGUGGGUGCUGCGCCUCACGGCCGGGCUGGGCCCCGAGCGGCCCGAGGAGCCGGCCGGCGGCGCGGCCCUGCCCGGGCGGCCGCAGGUGAAGCUCGUGGGGAACAUGCACGGGGACGAGCCGCUGGCGCGGCCGCUGCUGCUGCGCCUGGCCUGGGAGCUGCUGCUGGGCUGGGCCGGCGGCGACGAGCGCAUCGUGCGCCUGCUCAACACCACCGACCUGUACCUGCUGCCCAGCCUCAACCCCGACGGCUUCGAGCGCGCCCGGGAGGGCGACUGCGGCGGCGGCGCCGAGGGCGGGCGGGAGAACAGCCGCGGCCGCGACCUCAACCGCAGCUUCCCCGACCAGUUCGGGGACGCCGAGCCCAACCUGGAGCCCGUGCCCGAGGUGAAGGCGCUCAUCGAGUGGAUGCGCCGCAACAGGUUUCUGCUCUCUGGCAAUCUCCACGGUGGCUCUGUGGUGGCAAGCUACCCCUACGAUGACUCGCCCACACACAGCCUCACAGGAGUUUACAGUAAAUCAGCUGAUGAUGAAGUCUUCAAAUAUUUGGCAAAAGCUUACGCCUCACAUCACCCCAUCAUGAGAACUGGCAAACCCAACUGCCCUGGAGAGGAGUCAGAGACCUUCCCAGAUGGCAUCACAAAUGGUGCCCAGUGGUAUGAUGUGGAAGGUGGGAUGCAGGAUUACAACUACGUGUGGGCCAACUGCUUUGAGAUCACACUGGAGCUGUCCUGCUGCAAAUACCCACCGACCUCUGAGCUUCCAAAGGAGUGGGAGAACAACCGGGAGUCUCUCCUGGCUUUCAUUGAGAAGGUGCACAUUGGUGUGAAGGGCUUUGUGAGGGAUGCAGUCACAGGAGCUGGCCUGGACAAUGCGACCAUCGCUGUUGCUGGUAUUGCUCAUAACAUCACAGCAGGGAGAUUUGGUGACUACCACCGGCUGCUGGUGCCUGGGACCUACAAUGUGACUGCUUUUGUCAUGGGUUACACACCAGUGACCAAAGAGAACAUCGAGGUGAAGGAGGGAGACGCCACAGAAGUGAACUUCUCCUUGCAGCCCACUGCGAUGCCACCAGCUCCUAACGUCACCCAGCUCACGGCAGCGCCCGCCGCUGUCACUGCCAUCACCCCCACCCCCGUGCAGGCUGAGGCCCCAAAGCCAAGCCCUGUCCACGAGCCCAUCCAGCCCGUGGACUUCCGCCACCACCACUUCUCGGACAUGGAGAUCUUCCUGCGGCGCUACGCCAACGAGUACCCCAACAUCACCCGCCUCUACUCCGUGGGCAAGUCCGUGGAGCUGCGCGAGCUCUACGUCAUGGAGAUCUCUGACAACCCUGGUGUCCACGAAGCAGGUGAGCCAGAGUUCAAGUACAUCGGUAACAUGCACGGGAAUGAAGUUGUGGGGCGAGAGCUUCUCCUGAACCUCAUCGAGUACCUCUGCAAGAACUUUGGCACAGAUCCUGAAGUGACUGACUUGGUCCAGAGCACACGGAUCCACAUCAUGCCCUCCAUGAACCCUGAUGGCUAUGAGAAGUCCCAGGAAGGAGACAAAGCAGGUACCGUUGGCAGAAACAACAGCAACAACUACGACCUGAACAGGAACUUUCCAGAUCAGUUUGUCCACGUGACAGACCCUCCCCAGCCAGAAACUCGUGCUGUCAUGGCCUGGCUCCAGUCUUACCCGUUUGUGCUCUCAGCAAACCUGCACGGAGGUUCCCUGGUGGUUAAUUACCCCUUCGAUGACGAUGAGCAAGGAAUAGCCAUAUACAGUAAAUCCCCAGAUGAUGCUGUGUUCCAGAAGCUGGCACUUGCCUACGCCAAGGAAAAUGCAAAGAUGUACCAGGGAAGCCCUUGUAAGGAUAUGUACCCCACUGAGUACUUCCCACAUGGCAUCACUAACGGGGCUCAGUGGUACAACGUUCCAGGUGGGAUGCAAGACUGGAAUUACUUACAUACAAACUGCUUUGAAGUGACCAUUGAGCUGGGCUGUGUGAAAUACCCCAAGGCUGAGGAGCUGCCAAAGUACUGGGCGCAGAACCGGCGCUCUCUGCUGCAGUUCAUGAAACAGGUUCACCAGGGUGUCUGGGGCUUUGUGCUGGAUGCUGUGGACAAGAGGGGCAUCCUCAACGCCACCAUCAGCGUGGCUGACAUCAACCACCCAGUGACCACCUACAAGGAUGGAGACUUCUGGCGCCUGCUGGUCCCAGGGACCUACAAAAUCACAGCAUCUGCCCGAGGGUAUGAUCCACUCAGUAAGAUGGUGGAAGUUGACAGCAAAGGUGGGGUGCAGGUCAACUUCACUCUUUCGCGGACAGACAGCAAAGUGGAAGAGGGGAAGGUGCUGGUCUUGAACACCCCAGACACCAGCAACCCCAACGAGAAGGAGUUUGAGACCCUGAUCAAAGAUCUCUCUGCUGAGAAUGGUCUGGAGCGGCUCCUGCUCACCUCCUCCAGGGAUGUGACUCCCUACAGAUACCGGCCCUACAAGGACCUCUCCGAGUUCCUCCGAGGCCUCUACCUCAACUACCCACACAUCACAAAUCUCACCAGUUUGGGUCAGAGUGUGGAGUUCCGCCAGAUCUGGUCCCUUGAAAUCUCCAACAAGCCCAACGAGUCCGAGCCUGAGGAGCCCAAGAUCCGCUUUGUUGCCGGCAUUCACGGAAACGCUCCCGUUGGGACAGAGCUGCUCCUGACACUGGCAGAGUUUCUUUGCAUGAACUACAAGAAGAAUGAUGCUAUCACAAAGCUGAUUGACCGGACACGGAUUGUGAUUGUGCCUUCCCUGAACCCGGACGGACGCGAGAUCGCCCAGGAGAGAGGCUGCACCUCCAAGAUAGGCCAGACCAACGCUCAUGGCAGAGACCUGGACACAGAUUUCACAAGCAAUUACACCCGGUACUCAGCGGCACGAGAGCCUGAGACCAAAGCCAUCGUGGAGAACUUGAUACUGAAGCAUGAUUUCAGCCUCUCUGUCGCUCUGGAUGGAGGAUCUCUGCUUGUCACUUACCCCUAUGACAAGCCAACACAGUCAGUGGAGAACAAAGAAACACUAAAGCAUUUGGCAUCUGUGUAUGCAAACAACCACCCAGUGAUGCAUUUGGGCCAGCCAGGCUGUCCAAAUAAGUCAGAUGAGACUAUUCCUGGUGGAGUGAUCCGUGGCUCGGAAUGGCACAGUCACCUGGGAAGUAUGAAGGAUUUCAGCGUGACAUUUGGUCAGUGUCCUGAGAUCACUGUUUAUACCGGCUGCUGCUACUUCCCCAGUGCUGGACAGCUUCCUAGCCUGUGGGCAGACCACAGGAAAUCUCUCCUUAGCAUGCUUGUGGAGGUCCACAAGGGAGUGCAUGGCAUUGUCCAAGACAAGAGUGGCAGGGCAAUUUCUAAAGCUGCCAUUGUUCUGAAUGAAGGCUUGAGGGUGUACACUAAAGAAGGUGGCUAUUUCCAUGUGCUCCUGGCUCCAGGUUUUCACAGCAUUGAUGCAACAGCCAGUGGCUACCAGCAGAAACAUGUCAAGGUCUUUGUACGUGAUGAUGCACCCAGCUCUGUGUUCAUUGUAUUUGACACAGAAAACAGGAUUUUUGGGCUGCCAAGAGAGCUGGUUAUAACUGUGGCAGGUGCCAGCAUGUCUGCCCUGGUGCUCACUGCCUGUAUCAUCUGGUGUGUGUGCUCCAUCAAGUCCAACAGGCACAAGGAUGGCUUCCACCGCCUGCGGCAGCACCACGACGACUACGAGGACGAAAUCCGCAUGAUGUCCACUGGCUCCAAGAAAUCCCUCCUCAGCCACGAGUUCCAGGAUGAAACAGACACUGAGGAAGAAACACUGUACUCCAGCAAGCACUGACACCUCCAGGGCAGGAGAGGAGGUUCCCAUGGACCAGAGCUGGUGGUGGGGGGCGAUCCCUGGGGUUCAGUUUUGAAAUGUUGGCUUUGGGAUGUGUCCUCCAGAGGGGUGGGUGGCAGCUCCCAGCUCCCCUCUGUCUGCUCUGUUCCUGUGUACAGGCACUCAGUGGGUGUUGGAGGCUGUUUCUGACAUAGGGACGUGGUUUGUUACAUUUUUGGGUCAAGAUCUGGAGGUUUCUAUGAUGUGGUUUGAAAGGCAGCUUUAAUAGGGUGGCCAGCAGAGCUCUGAGCAUUUCCCCAGCAUCUCAGCACAGGGAGCAGAUGGUGGGGAAGUGCCCCAAGACCUGCACAGGGUCAUGGUCACAACACUCCAAAAAAGGUCUCUCUACCUGUUUUGAUUUCAUGUUUUCCACUACAUGCUUGGGGGAAGCCAGGUCCUUCAAGUGACUGCACAUUCUGCAGAGCAGCCCUCAGAAAAAACCCAAAAAAAAAAAGAAA